AUGACCCAAAUUUUUUACCUCUACCCUUCUCAAGAAGUCAUUAACUAUUUGAAGGAAACCUACAUUUCAAUUGAAACCAUCAUGAUGGAGAUAGAACCUCCCCAAGUCAAAGACACCCCACAUCAACGAGCUGUUAUCAAUGUGCAAAAUGCUGCUCGAGUCCAAGAAAUCCAGGCAGCUAUAUCAAAACGUACCCAGGAGUUACACAUCUUGCCAGAACUCGUGCCCAAUGUCCUCGGUAUUUGGAAUAUGCAGAGGAUGAAGUAUGGAAGAGACCCUAUUCGUAUUCGUAGUAUCGAAAACCUCACCAAGAUUCCACACAAGUCUACCACCACCAACAAUCAACCAAAGAUUGAAUCCUGA